AGCCUAACAAUACUGUCGAGUACGAACCUGUCGUCUUCGUCGUCGAGGAGGCUCCGUCAGAAAACUGUUAUACAAUAUCUACCAGGCACCGGUAUAUCGAUUCGUUCGUCAUCGUCAGUUGUAUACCAGCAGCUGCCAAGUGUGUCACCUGAUUUUUGGUCAAUUUCUAUUUUUUUUUUUUUGUCAAUUUUAUUGUUGUUCCCAACGCAUAGUCACUCUUAUCGCCAUGUACAACCUAAGCCGUCUCGGACGUAAUGUGUCGGAGAGUGUCCUAAGGACAACGUCCAUAUCUUCUGCUCGUGGACUUCACGAGAUGCCUGAUCAUCUCAAGGAUGUGCCUACUGCUGAAAAUCCACGAUUUUUUGACAUGGUGGAAUAUUUCUUCCAUCGUGCGUGUCAGGUUGCUGAAGACAAACUUGUAGAGGACAUCAAAGCCAAGAUGUCUGUCGAAGACAAGAGAAAAAAAGUUAAGGGAAUAUUGUUGGGUAUGCAGCCAUGUGACCAUAUAUUGGAGACAUCUUUCCCAGUUCGCAGGGACAGCGGUGACUAUGAAAUGAUUACUGGUUACCGUGCACAGCACAGUACACAUAGAACACCGUGUAAAGGAGGUAUUCGAUUUUCUUUGGAUGUUUGCCGUGAUGAAGUGAAAGCUUUAGCUGCUUUGAUGACUUUUAAGUGUGCUUGUGUUGAUGUACCAUUUGGCGGUGCAAAAGCAGGCAUUAAAAUAAAUCCGAAAUUGUAUUCAGAAAAUGAAUUGGAGCAAAUUACUAGGCGGUUCACAUUAGAAUUGGCUAAAAAAGGAUUUAUUGGACCCGGUGUAGAUGUACCUGCACCAGAUAUGGGAACUGGUGAACGUGAAAUGUCAUGGAUAGCUGAUACAUAUGCUAAAACUAUAGGGCAUUUAGACAUAAACGCUCAUGCUUGUGUAACUGGUAAGCCAAUUAAUCAAGGUGGAAUCCAUGGUCGUGUAUCAGCUACUGGUAGAGGUGUUUUCCAUGGAUUAGAAAAUUUUAUUAUGGAGGCCAAUUAUAUGAGCUUAAUUGGUACUACACCUGGAUGGGGUGGAAAAACAUUCAUUGUUCAAGGUUUUGGUAAUGUUGGAUUACAUUCAAUGCGUUACUUACACAGAGCAGGUGCUACAUGUAUUGGUGUUAUUGAACACGAUGGUUCUAUUUAUAACCCAGACGGAAUUGAUCCUAAAGCAUUAGAAGAUUGGAGAAUUGACAAUGGUACUAUUUUAGGAUUCCCAGGUGCUCAGCCAUAUACUGGUGAAAAUCUUAUGUAUGAACCUUGUGAUAUAUUAGUACCAGCUGCUACUGAAAAAGUCAUAACAUCAGCUAAUGCUCAUAAAAUCCAAGCUAAAAUUAUUGGUGAAGCUGCUAAUGGCCCUACAACCCCUGCUGCUGAUAAAAUUCUAAUAGAACGAAACAUUUUGAUUGUACCAGAUUUAUAUAUAAAUGCUGGUGGUGUAACUGUAUCAUUCUUUGAAUGGUUAAAGAAUUUGAAUCAUGUUUCUUAUGGUCGCUUAACGUUCAAAUAUGAACGUGAAUCAAAUUAUCAUUUAUUAGAAUCUGUCCAAGAAUCAUUGGAACGUCGUUUUGGUCGUGUGGGAGGAAGAAUCCCCGUUACUCCUUCUGAAUCCUUCCAAAAACGUAUAUCAGGAGCGUCUGAAAAAGAUAUAGUGCAUUCUGGAUUAGAUUAUACAAUGGAACGUUCAGCUCGAGCUAUUAUGAAAACUGCUAUGAAAUAUAACUUAGGUCUUGAUCUUCGUACUGCUGCUUAUAUCAACUCAAUUGAGAAAAUUUUCACUACCUAUAAGGAAGCUGGACAAACUUUCUAAUUUAUUUGUUUCUACUGUUUUAGUGGAAGUUUAUAAAGGAAUUUAGGUAUUGACAAAUAAGCCAAAUUCAUAUAUUUUAACUACAGUAAACUUUUAAUUAUUAUUAUCAAAUUGAUAUGAGAUCAAUCAUUAAUAAAAUUAAUAAAAAGGAAUGAAUAACUUUUUCCUUGUUAACAAAAUUCAUUUUUUAAACAAGACAUACUUUUAAAAAGUUCCUUUAUAGUAC